ACACACACACACACACAGGAGGAGAGAAAAACCCUGAAUGGAUGCUUUGAGUAACAGCUGUUCUCAGCCAAUCAGAACAGCUGCCUCCCUCCUCCUCUCAUCCGGGAUCUGUGAUUGGCCGACAGGAGCAGAGCUACAGUGAGCGAGCGAGAAGACAGAGAGAGAGAGAGAUGCAGACAGAAGAAGAAGAAGAAGAAACUGUCAGAUGAGAACAGCUCAGCUCUUCACCUCCCUCUCUCUCUCUCUCUGAGAUUUCAUCUCUGCCUCGCUCGCCCCUCUCGUUCAGAGGCUCUUCGUUCGCCCCGUGCUGCUCUGUGAUUGUGAGGAGAGAGAGAGAGAGAGCGAGAGAGAGAGAGAGAGAGAGUGUUAAUGUGAUGGAGCUGCUGCAGUUUCCCUCCGUCUGCUGCUGCUGUUUACACCGCGGCAUCAUGGGAGCUGGAGUUUCCACGGCAGCGCAGGAUGACAGUUGAUUGGCCCGAAGACUGAGGGACAUCACAGUGUGGACAUGUGAAGUGGUGGACGGACGAGGACCAACUAACUCUCUCUCUCUCUGUUCAUCCCUCCUUUUCUUUACCUUCUUCAUCCCCCUCUCUCGCCUGCUAACUUCUACCACUCAGUGGAAAAGUCAGAAUGGGCUGUCGCUUCACUCGUGUCAAGGACAAAACCCGUGAAUCUCCUCAUCACCGACACCGGGAGGAGCUGCGCUACGUGGACGAGUACGGCCAGCCAAUCGUGAUGCAGGUAGAGGGGGGGAGGGGGCGUGGCCAACGGAGGAGGCGGUCCCACUGUGCGAUCGAGUGCAGCGCUCCCACAGAGAAACACUGGGAGGCGCUGAGAGCCAUGGGAAUGAUGGAGGCGGAGGACGCUCAGAGAGACGGACUCAGCGCUGGGGCCUACUACGGUCACAUGACCAUGUCACCUGACCUUUACUCCACCAACAGUCGCAUGAUGAUGUCGUCGGACAUGUAUCCUCCAAACGGCUUCCUGUCCAGACCGUCGAGUGACCAGCACCCGGGUCACAGCUACCUGCCCAGCGUCUCCUACAGUUUAGAUCACCUGGACAGACUGGAUUACCAGGGACAUGAGAUGUCGCCCUACCAGCCAAACUCAGAGAGCUGUCUGAUCGGCUGCUACGACCAGGAGCCAAAGCAUUUCUCCAGACAGUCUGACUAUCGCGCUCCUUGGCGCUCGGAUCAUCCUCUAGCGUACCUUCCUCUCAGUGAGCUCGACAGCGGCCGAGGCUGUGGUUCUGACAGCCCUCACCACCAGGUGGCACUCUCCGAGGCUGAGACAGACGCCAUGUCAUCGCUGCCGGGUCACACCGCGUCCUCCCAAGGCUCCUCCUCUUCCUCCGAGUCCCUCGUCUCGUCAGAACCCAGCGACUCGGGUUUCCACAGCGUCAGCACCGGCGAGCACAGGCGGCUGCACAAAAUCCCCGGCCACCGGCAGCCCCACCACCUCCGCUCAGGCCACUCCCCCCGAGAGCAGAGAGGACGCUGGGACUUAGAGUCCAUCCCUGAAACCAUUCCGAUGACUCAUCCGGCAGCGGCGCAGGCCUCCCGCUGCACUGUGGGUAACAGCACGACCACCACGGUUCACUUCCACAGAGCGGAGCGGAGUCCCACGCUACCUCGCCACCGCUCACCGCCGUCCCCGUCCACAGGUUGUCGUACUGAGCCCUGCCAGCGGAGGGCGCUGUGGCUAGAACAGCAGCGAGGAGGAGGUGUGACCAUAGAAGCUCCAGGACGGAGUCGAACCAUCCAAGAUUUGAGUGACACACAGCACCGCCGCAGAGCCAGUCACCCCAACAUGACUGACCCAAAUGGUCUGAGGAACAAAGUCCAGAACCAGCAGCCAGGACCAGCUGGUAUCAGUCUGGGUCCAAGAUGCGGGGCCAGUUAUCCCACUAACUGUCACCUCAGCAUGGACAGAACUAGUCUGACAAAUCACCAGAACUCACCCAGAAACAGCCACGGAACCACUCGCAGCAGAGAGGACGACUCGCUCUCCAAGAGUCCAGGAUCGGGUUCCAGUGGAGUGUCGGACUGGCGAGGCUUCCAGACUCUUGGGAAUCGCACCAGCAACCACAAAGGGCCUCUUGUGUCUCUAUACAGCACACUCGGCGCUCCACAGCGAAGCUCGCACUCUCCGCCGUCUCCGCGUUGCAGACCAUCCAAUCAGAAGUCCGUCAGGAAUCAGCUGCUCAGAGCGCGAGCGUCGCGUCUGGCCCGCGAACGCAGCGAGGUCACCACGGACGAGGAAGUGCGAGGAGGUGGAGCCAGAGAACGGGAGGAGGAGGGAGAGGACGGACGACUGGCGGGGAGAUACUGGAGUCGGACGGAGAGGAGACGUCACAUGGCGUUGUCACGGCAACAGAGGGAGAGGAGAGGCGGCGAGGACCAGGGGGUCCAGGGUUCGCCGUCGUCUCAGACUCUGCUGGAGCUGAGCCACAUGAAGCAGAACCGACUGAGGAACAGCAAGCUGCUCGACGACUGGACCACGGUGGAGGAGCUGCUGACCCACGGGACACGAGUGGAGAGCGACAAUCAGCUGUGUCCCAGCCCGUUGCUAUCGGUUACCACCGUCUGAUCAAAGGACGUCCCACUCUGCUGACUAUUGACAGACUGAAACCCCGGGUCUGUGAGGUUACCGACCGAACCAGUCACUGCUGGAACUGAAACAUUCAAACACUGGCUGAAUACUGCACUUAUUCAUCAUUUAAACCAAACACCAGGAAACACUUUUUAAAGACGACAAACCACCACAUAAACUGACUCAUUCACUGUCACAGCUGUAAAACCUAACAUUUAGAAUCAGCAAAAGAAAACAUCUGGAGGUCCUAAUCCAGUGUUUGGGAACCACUGUUUUAAAAAAGCAACAUAUCAACAAAGAAAUACGUGAGAAAUCUGGAUUUCACUUUCACCGGCAAAGACCUAUUUUUAACCUCGUUCACACGACGGGAUUUUCCACCAAUCACCGGACGCAACUCAGCGGGAUUUUACUUUUAAGUUCACAAGCUUUUUCCAGGUUUCUAGCACAUAGUCGUGUCUAGCUAGGGACAGUGAGGACAGAGGACAGUGUGCAGGUCUGUAAUCAGACAUUAAAGAGCUGGUGGGCUUCUUCACACCUCUGGAAACGUGUUUUCAUUUUUGUUUUUGUGUCUCUGAGUGAAAUCUGUGGGGAAACUCCGGCACCUUCUCUGAACCCUGGAUCAGUUUCUCCAAACUUUCACUCGUUUGUCGUGGAUGGUUCAGCGUCUUCAGACUCAGACUUUACAGGAGUGUAAAUAAGUAUGAAGAAGUCAUAAACCAGUUUAUUUUAAGAAACAUUUUGGUGAAUAAACGGUUUCACUGUCAGGUGACUGAAUGAGUGAGUGAGUGAAUGAGUGACAGGAUUGUCAGUGCCUAAAGUCUGGACUCAGAA